AUGCAUCGACUUUUUGCUGAGCUGGAGCCAUCUUUAACCGUCACAGAGCAAAACCUGGCAGACCGAGUUCGGUAUAUCUUGCGCUCAAAUAUAUUUGAUGUCGCCGAACUCGAACGGCUACGACGUGAGGCUGUUCCCUCGUCGGAUGAGAAUGCUACGGCUGAGGAUGCGGCGCCACAAAUGGUAGAGCAACCCGCAAACGUGGAUGCCGCCGUGAAUACCCCAGUUGUGGUUGAUUCAAACGAUGAUGGAACAGUCGCCCAGGAACUGGAAUUAGAGCAUAUGAGGAGUAUAUUGGAAGAGGCGAUUGUGGAAACGCGCAGUACGCCUCUCGAAAAUCGACCGCGACUUCCCCGCAUAGCCCUAAGCAAGCGGAAUCGGGCUGUCGUGAGGGCUCUGAACCCAAUGCUGGUUACCUAUUUGGAAGCCAGCCGGGACCUUUGCGAGACGGACUCAAUUCUUUUUGGCGCCGCGCUGGCAGUCUGCCGUAUCAUAGGCGCCAAGGUUUCCACGGCUGGACGCGCUACUGGCCAUAGUAGCGCUAUCCCAGCAUGGAGAAGAAGAAUUGAGGAACGUAUCGCAAAGGCUAGAGCUCUCAUCGGCAGACUGAUAUGCUUCAGAUCAGGCAACAACAGGCCAAGAAUUGUGCGCACCGUCAGGAUGGCGUUUGCUGGGACAAAUGUCAGUUUGUCCCAGCCGGAUAUAACGCAAAAACUGACGGAGCGCAUAGAUGAUCUGAAGCAGAGAAUCGCUGCUUGGGGAAAACGGAUUCGGCGAUAUACCGAGAGGUCGACACGGUUCAACCAGAAUCGUCUCUUCCAGAGUGAUCAGAAGAGGCUCUAUGAAUCAUUGGAGCGACCAAUGGUAAGUGGAACGGGUCCAGCACCGAAUCAGGCCGCCACUGUAGCAUUCUGUCGCGGCCUGUGGUCAGAGCCCGUAAACCACAGCGAGGGCCCUUGGACGGAAGUUGUGGCGAGUCAGUGUGCGGGUAUUACGCCCAUGGACCCCGUCAUCAUAACGCCGGAUGACGUAGCUGAGGCGGUUCGUAGGGCCCCGAACUGGAAAAGUCCGGGGCUUGACGGGCUGCAUCACUACUGGCUGAAGGGGUUCAUGGUGUGUCACUCUGUGCUCGCCCGACAGUUUCAAGAGGCUCUCAACCAGAAGUCGCUCCCAAGCCUCUUCACUACUGGGAUCACUCAUUUAGUUCCUAAAGACCAGGGUACCACAGACCCGAGCAAAUACCGCCCCAUCACUUUGCAUACGAGCACAGAUACUGUAGUUCUUAAUUGCUACAUCUAUCCAUCAUUAAGAAAGAAUGAAAACUUUACUGAAAUGUCUUCGGAAGAAGACGUCUUCAGUGCAGCCGAGGACGGUGCAUGA